AUGGUGCCCCCCGCGGCCACAGCUGUGCAGAGGAGGUUCUUGAACUUGCAUGAGUACCAGGCGCAGAUCAUUUUCCAGAAGUUUGGAGUCGGAGUGCCGAAGAACCUGCCGGCUUUCUCCGUCACAGAAGCAGUGGAGAAGGCCAAGGAGAUCCCAGGUGACGACAUCGUCGUCAAGGCCCAGGUCCUUGCUGGCGGCCGCGGCCUGGGACACUUCAAGGAGAACAGCUUCCAGGGCGGCGUGCACAUCGUGCCCAAGUCAAAGGUUGCCGAAAUUGCCGAGAAGAUGCUCGGGAAGACGCUCAUCACCAAGCAGACUGGGGAGGAGGGCAAGCCCAACAACACGGUGCUCCUGGCCGAGAAGGUCUCAAUCAAAGAUGAGAAGUACUUUGCCAUCCUCAUGGACCGGGCCAGCGGCGGCCCGCUGAUGAUUGGCAGCAAGACGGGAGGAACCUCCAUCGAGGACAUCGCAGCCGCAGACCCUACCGCCAUCAUCAGGACGCCGGUGGACAUCAUCGAAGGCAUCAAGAUGGCAGAUGCGGAGAAGAUGGCCACUGAGAUGGGCUUCGCUGGGGCGCAGGCAAAGGAAGCAGCAACCCUGAUGGCGAAUCUCUACAAGGUCUUCAUCGAGUGCGACUGCACCAUGCUGGAGAUCAACCCCCUGGCCUCGCUGACGGACGGCCGCGUGCUGGUCUGCGACUCCAAGGUCAACUUCGAUGACAAUGCUUCUUACCGGCAGAAGGAGAUUCACGACCAGCGCGACACCUCCCAGGAGAACCCCAUCGAGGUGGAGGCGAAGAAGUACGACCUGAACUACAUCAAGCUGGACGGCAACGUGGCCUGCAUGGUGAACGGAGCUGGCCUGGCCAUGUCGACGAUGGAUCUGCUCAGCAUCCUUGGUGGGAGCCCUGCCAACUUCCUGGACGUGGGUGGCGCGUCCACAGUGGAGACCAUGACUAUGGCCUUCAAGAUCAUCAUGGGCGACCCCAACGUGAAGUCGAUCUUCGUGAACAUCUUCGGCGGCAUCGCCCGCUGCGACCACAUCGCUGAAGCCGUGGUUGCGGGAGUGAAGGCCGUGGGCGGCAACGCGGCCAUCAAGCCGCUGGUCAUCCGCCUGGAAGGCACGAAUGUCGAAGCUGGCAUGCAGAUCAUCAAGGAGAGUGGAGUGGAGGCUUUCCUCACCAACGACUUCACCACUGGCGCCAAGAAAGCCGUCGAGCUUGCGAGCAAGUGA